CAACAACCAGUUGAAGAUCGAAACCAACUUUGCGAAGGCUGAGCUCGACCUAUAUGUAUCUAUCCCUUUCCUUUCUAAUUCCUAAAUAUAAAGCACGAAUCAACGGAGAUUCCUAUGUGGAUUAGAAGAAGAAAGGGUUACCGUUCUUAUCGCACCGAGUCGAGUCAACUCUAUGUGGAAAGAUAGAAAUGCCUCCACGGAUGCCAUCACUCGCAGAUAAACAGCAAGGUGAGUUCUCCACGGCGAAGCGAUCCUUAUGGCAGACCAAACAGCCUGCUGCAAUCUGAAAGCCACCAUCGAGCUCAUCGGCCUCUCCUUCAGCGGCUUCGUCGUCCUCUUUGUAGUCUUCGUCUUCGUCCGGUACCGUCUCCUGCCUCAGCUUCCUCCCGCAGGCCCUGCCCAUGACCGACAACCCAAGGCUGGCCUCGAUCCCUCCGCCGUCGCCGCUCUCCCUUCCUUCGCCUAUCGCCAUGGUGACGGCGACGGCAAGGGCAAGUGGACGUCGCUGGACUGCGCCGUGUGCCUGAGCACGGUGGAGGAAGGGGAGACGCUGCGGAUGCUGCCGGCUUGCCAGCACACGUUUCAUUCGGAGUGCAUCGACCGGUGGCUGCUCUCCAGCUCCACGUGCCCGGUCUGCCGGACCGAGGCCGAAUCCAGCGAGAGGAGUGUUGCGACUUCGUCUGCCUCCUCAGCGACGACCAUCGGAGAGACGUCGUCAUCGUCGUCGUUUCCAGGGAUGUGGUCGGGAAGAAGGCCACUGCAAGGGGAUGGAAUUCGAGACUUGGAGAAUAAUCUGUAAACAUCUUGCAAUUAUUUCCUAUUUGUUGUUGCGUAUUGCAAAAAGAAGGAAAAUUAA